AUGGCAGCCACUGACAAAAUUGUCUCGGAGAUGGCCUCCUGGAUGAAGAGCCAGAAGCUAGUGGCUCCCCAGAUGAAGGAUGCUCCUGUAUUCUACAGGAACCUUGAGGAGGCUCUGGAUGUUCGACGAUCCACCCAGUCCAUGCUCACCCGUGGACAAAACACUUGGAAGGAUGGCGGCGCCAUCGACUUGUGCUCCAACGACCUUCUGUCCCUGGGGCGCACGGGAGAAUUGCGAGCCGAGUUCCUCUCCGAGUUGGCCAAAUACCCCGACUUUGCGCUGCACUCGGGUGGAUCGCGUGUUAUGGGCGGCAACUACGACUACAUCGAAGAAGUGGAGCAGGAGAUAGCCGAUUUCCUCGGUGCAGAGACCGCUCUCAUGUUCAACUCGGGAUCAAAUGGAAAUGUUGCCAUCUACACUUCCAUUCCUCGCCCCGGAGAUGCCAUUGUUUAUGAUGAGCUGGUUCACUUCAGCACACACACCGGUAUGGCCUCGUCGUUGGCUACGACUAAAGUUUCUUUCCGUCACAACGACCUCGAUGCCUUCCGUGAGGCUAUGAUUUCCACUAUGGACUCUCAGCCCAUGAUACAGGAUGGUUCACGCUCUAUUCUUGUUUCCAUCGAGUCGGUGUACAGCAUGGAUGGCGAUGUUUGUCCUCUUGUGGAGAUGCUCGAGAUUGCUAGGGAGAUUUGCCCUAAGAAAAACUUCGCCUUCAUUGCGGAUGAGGCUCACGCAACUGGGAUUGUUGGUCCCAAGGGUGUUGGUCUUGUUAAGCACCUUGGUCUUGAAAAGGACAUUGCUAUUCGUCUCAACACAUGUGGAAAGGCUCUGGCUUGCACUGGAUCGGUGGUUCUUGGAAGCGCCACUGUCCGAAACACGAUGCUGAAUUUUGCUGGUUCUCUGGUUAACACCACAGCUCCCUCCUUCCCUUCAGUUGCUGUUGUUCGAUCGGCUUAUAACUUGAUGCGAACUGGUGCCACCCAGAAGGCCCAAGAUAACGUACAGCAUCUGGUAAGAUACUUCUUCAAGAGCAUGAACUCCCACCCACUUUGGGAUGAAGCGACCGAUAUGGGUCUUCUUUCCAUUCCCAUCAUCGAUGAAUCAGAGGAGAACGAUUUCGUGACGCACAUCAUUCCAAUCUGGACCCGGCAAAAGUACAACUGGUGGCUAUUCUUUCACCUACAACUGGCCAAGAUCGCCGUUGUUCCCAUCGACUAUCCCCAGGUUCCCAAGGGUAAGGCUCGCCUGAGAGUCAUGAUCCACGCUACAAAUACUGAAACAGAGGUCGAUUACCUGUGUUCUACUAUUUACAAUUUCGUCAAGGAGAUGAUGGAUAUCGAGGAGAGUGGGGAGAAGGGAAAGAUUCCCAAGGCUGCGCAGCAGAUUUACGCGUUGAUGGCCGCAAAUGCGUAA